ACUAACGUUUCAAAUGCAGCUUCACAUGAAUGAUCCUGACGUGGGAUUGAAGGCUGGCCAGGUAACGGUGUUGGCGGAAAAAAAAGAAAAAUUAAUCUAGCACAGGAGUUGUUUUGGAGUUAUUCGGGAUAAAAGCGUCGGGAUAAUGCCUGAGCCUGCAGAAAUUAACAGUCCUGAAGUGGCAAAGACACCAGGGGGUGGCAGUGGCUCUGGAAAAGAAGACAGCAUGCUGAAUGGACACAAGGAAGGAGAAGCCAACCCUUUUGCGGAGUACAUGUGGAUGGAGAAUGAGGAGGAGUACAACAGGCAGGUGGAGGAAGAACUUUUGGAGCAGGAGUUUCUGGAGCGCUGUUUCCAGGAAAUGUUAGAAGAAGAGGAUCAAGAUUGGUUCAUUCCUGCACGGGACCUUCCUUCUGGAGUGGGACACAUUCAGCAACAGUUCAGCGGGCUGUCGGUCAAUGACUCAAAUGCUGAGGACAUUGCACGCAAAAGCAGUUUGAACCCAGAAGCGAAGGAGUUUGUGCCAGGAGUGAAAUACUAGGGAUCUACUGGGUUCCCUCAUAGAGACUCUUAUGUGACUGCUGAUGAUCAGUGGUCACCCCCAACUCAUGCCUCAAUUAAAUUUGGGGUGUGUGCGUGGGGUUGGUGGGGUGGGGGGUUUUGAUGCUCUUCUAUAAGCUUUUUAUUUUUAUUUGUCUCCAUGUGUACCCUGGGCGGGAUAAUGGGGUGGGCUGGGAAAUCCAAGUAACGCUCCUAUUGGACCGCUUCAGUUUGUGACUAGCUUUCUGAGAGGCAACUAUGUUAUUUCCACUAUUGUGAUAGUGACUACCAGUUUGUCCCUGGACAUUGUUAAAACUUUCUUCUAAUUCCUUUCUUUUCCUUUUUUCCUGUCUUUUUUUUUAAAGGGAGGAAAUGUGUCAUUAGUGUGGGAGGGGAAAGGGGCGGGAUGAAGAAUGAUUGACACAGCAAAAAGGAUCAUUAGCAGGUGGACCAGUUCAAAGUGUUUUGGAGCUGAUGGCAGCUGAUUUCCUGUAAGGGAUUUCUAAUGUGUUUAUUUUUUCUUCUUCAAUUGAAGUCCUUUCACUGUGCAACUUGCAUUUACAAAAAUGAAGAAAAAAAAAGCAUAAUGAAAUAAAAGCGUGGGUUCCA